UCUCCUCCCGCUCGCUUUGUUUCCUGCGGCAGGACGCGACUGCAUCUGCAUGAGCGUUUGCGUUAAAUCAUGGCUGUUCUGUAAAUAAAAAGAACUGCCUUUAUUUCUGUAUAUGAAAAAUUCGUGCCAUAUGAUCAUCGAGUAACAUCGAGACCCGCCUUUAAUUUGAAUUAAUCAAGGAUUUUCUGUUUUUAUUCACCGCUUUCUGGGCUGGCCGUGUAUGAAAAUGGACCAGGCGGCGAGCCGCUACCAAGUGUUGCACAAUGAGGAUGACUCCUCUGAAGGGGCCGCCAGUGCUGAACCGUCCACAUCCACCCAGGCCGCUGGCACUGUGGAGGGAAUCAGCAACCUAGCGGUGGAUACAGAAGCUCCACCUCCUCCUUAUGCCAGCGUGGCACUCGGAGCAACAGCUGCACCAGAGAGCACAUUUGUAGGGGACUUUCCCGUUCCUCCUCCAUACAGCAUUGCCACGUCUCUGCCCACAUACGAUGAGGCAGAGAAGGCCAAAGCAGCAGCCAUGGCUGCAUCAGCGGUGGAGGUCAUUCCACGAGAUGAAGAUUUUCCGGUUCGGGAUGACUUCAGUGAUGCAGAUCAGCUCAGAGUGGGAAAUGAUGGGAUCUUUAUGCUGGCCUUCUUCAUGGCCUUUCUUUUCAACUGGAUCGGGUUUUGCUUGUCCUUCUGUUUGACCAAUACCAUUGCUGGUCGAUAUGGUGCUAUCUGCGGCUUUGGUCUUUCUCUUAUCAAGUGGAUCCUCAUCGUCAGGUUUUCAGAUUACUUUACCGGAUACUUCAAUGGACAGUACUGGCUGUGGUGGAUUUUCCUGGUUCUGGGGCUCCUGCUGUUCUUCAGAGGGUUUGUGAACUACCUGAAAGUCCGUAACAUGUCAGAAAGCAUGGUUUCUUCACUCAGAACACGCUUCUUCCUCCUGUACUAGAGGUCGCCUCACCAAAACAUUCCUCCCUAAUGUGAAAUUCCUUCAUGAUUUGCAACCCGUCAAAUGAACUGGACUGGAUCCCACUGAGGGGAAGAGGAAGAAGAGAGAGAGAGAGAAAAAACAAACAAACACAAAACGAGUAUCUCUGCCAAACGUUCUGAACUCAACCCGGUGAAAAUGAACUCUGAACGAGAGCAAAUCAACUCCCAGUAUUCAUUUUUUUUCACUUCAGAAUUUCCCUGCCUCCCGAAAACUUCUUAAUACUGUAUUUCAAACAUGCACACACACACAAACUUCUCAAACACUGCAUGAAAAGUAAUGGAUUUAUGUGUUUGGGUCUCAAAAAACAUAAAUAAUCUGCAAAAAUGACUAGGAAAUAUGCAGUCAAGACCAAUGUUGGGUAAGUUACUUCAAAAUGGUAAUUAAUUACUAGUUACUAAUAGUAUCAUUAAAUUACUUUGUCUGAAAGGUAACUUAAUUUCUCAAUAUGUAAUUUAAUUACUUGACUCGAUGCUAGGGCUGCACAAUAUUGAAAAAAAAUGAACAUUGCGAGAUAUAUAUUUUUUAUUCUGCGAUAUAUAUUGCUAAAGGAAUACAUAUUUAGAUGUGCUGAAUAACUAUUUGGAAAGAAUUGAUCAUUUUAGAUUGAUUGGGAUGAUUCUGUAAGGGAGUGCAUAUGCAUAAAAUAUAAACAAUCUACAAGCAUAGACAAAUUCAAUAAAGAAAAAGAUAUAAAUUAAAUCAACAGCGUUUGAUUGUUGAACUGUAUUCAGGUGGACAAUAAUUGAAUAAUCAAAUGUAAAAUAACACUGCGCAGUCUUCGUUUUAUAAACAAGUUAAUCGUUAGUAAUUUGUCACAGUCACAGGCCUUCACACUUGCAAAAUGAUCAAUUAUAAUCUAGACUCCACAUUGCGAAUGACUAUUGCGAAUGAUCACAUUGCGAUAUCGAUGCUGAAACGAUAUGUUGCGCAGCUCUACUCGAUGGCACUUAAAAUCCUCGUAAAUUUCAAGCAUACCUACUUAAGUCAUGGCUUCUUCAGCAUGUGUGAUCAUCGGACGAAUCGAACCUUUUAAGAUCUUUGCUCAGUCCAAAGUCCAAAAUUUUCAUAUGCGCUUAUGUUUUUGUAUCCAAAUCCAAAAAGUUUGUCAUGCGCACAAACGUUGCGCACCGAAUCCAAUGCGUAUUAAUUAUUCCGUUGCGAAAUAAUUCAUAAAACAAGACAAAAUGGAGUCUUCGAAUAGUGAAGUUGAUUUUGUUGUCAGGUCCCUGCUUAACAAAAGCAACCUAACAACACCUUAGCAACCACUCAGAACACCCUAUCAACUGCCUAACAAGAAACAUGCUAGAUCCAACAAUCCAUACUAGAAACAUGUUAACAUGUAUGUACUCAUCUACUGUAUCUCUUCCAACUGCUUCAAAAUUCUUUAAAACUACUUUAAUUAUUUAAACUUUAAAACUACUUCAAACUUUCAGACUGUAAUUAAUCCGUUGUGAAAUAAUUCGUCAAACAAUACAAAAGGGAGUCUUUGAAUAGUGAAUUUUGUUGUCUUCUCCCUGCUUAAGAAAAUAUUGGGAUUUUUUUUUUUGGCGGUCAAACGUUUUGGAGACAGUAUUGACACAAUGUGAGGUCAAAUAAAUUUUUUUACGAUAAAAAUUUUGGAUUCGUUGUGCAAAAACAUGAUUUAUUUUGUUGAAAAGUAUUCAAUACACAAUAUUCUGCAAAUAUAUUUGUAAAAUAACACUGUAAAAAAGUUGACUCAACUUAAAAUUGUAAGGCAACUUACUGCACAGCUUUUUUUUUUUUGAGUUGACUCAACUUAAAUCUUCCAUGAAUUUUCUGACUUAGGUUAAAAAUAUGGGUGUCACACUAAGGGACAACAAACAUUAACAAUUCUAUAGUGGUUUCCAAAAAGUUUAAUACACUCAAUUUUUAAAAAAUGUAAUUAAAUACAUUCAUUUUUUGCUGCUUGUUCAAGGUACAUAAUCAAAAUGAGCUGAAAAUCACAAUUAUUGUGAUGCUUUUGGGACAACUUAAUUGCUUCAUGUUCAGUCCACUUUUGUGAGUGUGUUAACUUAAUCGAUUUGUGUUUGGACAACGUACACUGUAGAAAAUGCAGGCUUCCACAGUGUGAAAAACUCUCAGACAAAAAGUUUACAUGUGCACGUAAUGGGCUUCAGUCACAUGACUUUGAAUGCACUAAAAAGUGUAGGGUUCCACACAAAUCAAUUAAGUGAACUUAACACUUUUUUUUUAUGUUCAAUCCACAUAAAUUUGUUAAGUUGUCCCAAUGAAAUCUCAAAAAUUGUGUUGAUUCAGCUCAUUUUAAAUACGUAGUCUGAACAAGAAUAAAGCUGAGUGUGGGGUCCUUCAACUAAUACUAGUUUUCAGUGGAAUUGCCGAAUUAGCAUAUAGUGUCACACCAGAGGAAUGUAUCAGUUAUAGAAACUGUAAUAUAUGAGUGAAAGAUAUGAGUGCUAUUUACAAAAAUAGCCACUCUUAAAAUUAGCCUUAAGGGAUUUAUUUAUGAUUUUCUUUUUCUUUUCUAAGAGUUGCCAAAUAUAUGCUUGAGACGGUCACACCAAAGGACAGUUUUUGACAGAUUGGCCUAAAAAAAUCUAAAUAUAUAAUAACACAGCAGUUUUAAUAACGAGAUCCAUGGAAGACAGAAAUGUUUACUGCAUUUUAAAUACUAACUAUAUUCAUUUUUGACCUUUGUGGCAGUAAAAAUACUCACAUCACGUCAACAAACGGACACUGAACUGUUUAAUUUAUGCACAGCAUUUUAAGUAACUAUAAUUAGAUUACCUACAAACAAAAAGUAAUCCUCUUCAUUACUUUUUCAGCGUAAAAGUAACUUAAUUACUGUAACUAGUUACUUUGUGAUUAAUUACACCCAACACUGGUCAAGACAUCCUAUGCAAUGUCUUUUAACAAACUUGGCUAGAUUGAUGAUACUAGACUAGUUUAAUUCCCCUUGCUUCAUUGCAUCCAAGGCCUUGAUUGUAUUGCAGUAUAAUAAAAGUACAGUUUUAGGUAGAAUUUGACUCUAGUGAGCUAAUUGCACAGUUUCUCCUCUUCUUAACUCUCGCUUAACUUUAUAGUAAAUGAUUAAGUUACUUCAUUGAUGUGUUUCAAACUGGAAACAGAAUUUGUACUUAUCCUGAAAUAUAUAUAUUUGCCUUUUGCACCUUCGUUUUGUUUCCCUCCUCCCUCUUUUUAUUUGAAUGUUUGUCGUUAUUAGGUUGUGCUCAAGCUGUGACCUGCUUAGAUGACUUUAGUUACUUGAAUGCCUGAAUGCUAAUCUCAUUUGUUUCUAUUAAUCACAAGCCUCUUCAGCAAUAUCGGAUAUUCAGAGAAAUGCAUGGUUAACUCAGCAGUUUAAGAGACUAAUUCAGUAAACAAACAAUAAAAUAGUGAACUUAAUGUAUGUGAAACAGCCAAACUGUUUUGUUGGGAUAAGGAUUUUGGAUGAGAUGAUUGUGUGCUGUAUGUUUAUUCUCUUGUCUUGCAUAAUGCCAAUAAAAUUGGAAACUCUGCGGUCA